AUGCAGACCAACGAGGGUCAAAUCACAUCCACGUCUUCAAGCGAUCGCAACGAUCCAGACACGACAUCGGUGACUGCGAGUCACAUGUCACAGGCACUACUCACGCCAACCCUAUUGUCACAUGGGCAAGUAGGACGAACAUGUACUUUGCCAACUGCAUUGGUACACAUCCGCAACUCUCAAGGCACAUACACAAACUGCCGAGUGCUACUCGACACGGGCUCGGAGUUAUCAUAUGUAUCGGAACGCUGUAUUAAGGCACUGGGUCUUAAUCGGGCUCCUGGCCGGAUUCUCAUUUCCGGCAUUUCUUCAAUCAAGGCCGAUACCACGAGGGGAUUCAGCACACUCACGAUCAAGUCUCGAGUUUCUGAUCACUCGCUACAAGUAAAAGCUCACAUUCUAGGAAAAAUCACAUCUACGCUGGCAAGGGAAAACAUUGAUGCAUCUGCGCUUGAGAUUUUCAAUGGGAUUCCGCUUGCAGACACUGAAUUCAACUCGGCAUCGCCUAUAGACGUCCUACUAGGCACCGAUUCUGUAUGGGCUAUUUUAACCGGCAACAGGAAGCUGGAUGCGCAAGGCAACAUAAUAGCCAUUUCAACAAUCUUUGGAUGGGUUAUCACAUCGAUUGCGUAUCAAAAUCCAUCAAUCACCACGUCAUUUUUGUCUACAGUCGAUAUCCAUGCUACUUUACAAAGGUUUUGGGAAAUCGAGGACUCCCAAAUCACCACUCACCAUGAUCCUGAAAAUGUUAAGGUUGAAGAGCAUUUUCAAACCACGCACUCACGCGACUCCAAGGGAAGAUACACCGUAGAGCUUCCAUUCAAGGAUGCAGAUCCACAAUUCAGUGACACUCUGCAGGGAGCAACCCAACGCUUUGCUUCUGUGGAGCGCCGUCUACAUAGAGACACAGAUCUGCACUCACGGUAUGUACAAUUCAUGCAAGAGUAUAUUUCUCUAGGCCACAUGCGCCAAUUGAACCCUGACGAAAUUCUCACCAACGAUGGAAGGGUAUUCUACAUGCCACAUCACCCGGUACUUGGAAAGAAACUACGAGUAGUUUUUGACGGUUCAUUCCAAGAUUCUUCUGGUCAAUCUUUAAACGACACCCUGAACGUUGGGCCGAGCAUUCAACGAAACCUGUUCGAUGUAUGCGUACGCUUUCGCCUACAUAAAUACGUUUUUUCUGCGGACAUCAUCAAGAUGUUCAGGCAAAUUUGGAUCAACAAGCAUCACCGCAACUAUCAACGUAUCGUUUGGAGAGAACAUCCUUCAGCUCCACUUCUACAUUACCAACUCUGCACUGUAACCUAUGGCACUGCGUGUGCACCAUUUCUGGCUGUACGGGUUCUUGAGCAACUGGCCAGAGACUACCAACAUUUGUAUCCAACUGCUGCGCGCAUUCUUCUUGAAGAUUUCUACGUUGACGACGUUUUAACAGGAGCUGACACCGAGGAAAAGCUUCUACAAUACAAACAAGAACUAAUUCAACUAAUGUCAUGUGCUCAACUCGAGCUUGGAAAAUGGAUUUCCAACAGCAACCGCGUUGUCGACCCUGAGACAACAAUCACAAACAAUACAUCAUACAGUCCACUCGAAACUACGAACAAGGUUUUGGGAAUUCAUUGGCAACCGCACACGGACACAUUGGCAUACAAGGUAUCUUUGCCCAGCGAGGGAAGGAUUACAAAACGACAAGUUUUAUCAGACGUGUCUCGCAUUUUCGACCCACUUGGAUUGCUGGCUCCAGUGGUUAUUCAAUUCAAAAUCCUGUUCCAAGAACUUUGGGUUCUCAACUUAGACUGGGACAGCCCGCUACCGCUCAGCCUGGAAGAUUGGUAUCUCAAAUGCAAGAACGAUAUCAACACGCUCAAUGAACUUGAGGUUCCACGCUACAUUGGCAACUCUACUGACACAAUUGAAUUGCACGCCUUCUCGGACGCAUCUAUAAAAGCCUACGCCGCUGCCGUUUACAGUAGAGUCACUCUCCCUGAUGGUAACAUACAGGUUACUCUUAUUGCUGCAAAGACUCGUGUUGCACCGCUCAAAACACAAUCACUUCCACGCCUGGAAUUGUGCGGCGCACUGCUACUAAGUCGACUCAUCAACUCAGUCAAAGCUGCACUGAAAAACUACAACGUCACUGUUUACGCCUGGUGCGACUCUACCAUUGUUUUGGCUUGGCUCUCGCACAUACCUGCCAAACUAAAGACUUUCGUCGCAAACCGCACUGCCGAAAUCCUCAGCAUCAUUCCACGAGAUCACUGGCAACAUGUCAAAUCAGAUGACAACCCUGCUGACUGCGCUUCAAGGGGCAUGCUAGCUGCUGACUUAGUAAACCACAACCUAUGGUGGAAGGGCCCACACUGGCUAUACUCAACCGAAGCUGAAUGGGUAAAAACACCUAGCACUCCUCAUUCUAGUUUCAUUUCAGAUGAACAAGUCCAGGCUGAAGUAAAAGGUUCCGCUUUCACGACAAUGAGAACAUACAACACUGAAACCUCACUAUUGGAUGAACUGAUCGACCGUGUCUCCUCGUGGCCGAAGCUACUUCGUAUUCUCGCCUACGUUCUCAAGUUCAUCCGACGCACUCGCAGAAAAUCCAACACCGCUACGCUGACACUUGAGGAGAUCCAUGACGCACGGAUCCUGUACCUGCGCCAUGCCCAAGACGAAUUCCAAGCUGACUACAAGCGACUCCUCAACCAGCAAGAUUUGGGAAACAAAUCAAAAUUGCGCACCCUCUCACCGCAAAUCGACAAACAUGGACUCCUGCGAGUGGGUGGCCGCUUAGGUAACUCAGAACUGCCAGCGGAUGUGCAGCAUCCAAUAAUUAUGCCCAAAUCUCAUCGCAUAACGAAACUCAUUCUGGAACAUGAGCACCGGAUUCACUUACAUCCUGGAGUAUCGGCGUUAUUCGUGAUCGCACGCCAACGCUACUGGGUGUUUGGCGCACGCAACCUCAUUCGAAAGAUCACGCAUGACUGUCUAAAAUGCUUUAGACAACGGCAACACACAUCUCACCAAUUCAUGUCAGAUCUGCCGUCUGUCCGGGUUCGGCAGGCAUUUCCGUUUGCAAACACUGGCUGCGACUACGCCGGGCCAAUCACCCUCAAGGUCCACAAGGGACGAAAUCCACGCAAGGAAAAGGGUUACAUCUGCCUAUUUGUAUGCCUAGCCACUUCUGCCUUGCAUUUGGAGUUGGCUACAGAUCUUACAACCGACACAUUCUUGGCGGCACUCAGACGAUUCAUCUCUCGCCGCGGGAAAUGCUUGCAAAUGUAUAGCGACAACGGGAGAAACUUCGUCGGGGCAAAAAGGGUAUUAAACGAAAUGCAAACUCUUCUGAAGUCAGACGAACACAACAACACCGUACUGAAGGCCCUGGCAGACGAAGGAAUCAACUGGAAUUUCAUUCCCCCCCAUGCACCACACUGGGGUGGCAAAUGGGAAUCAGCUGUGCGCUCUGUCAAACUGCAUCUUCAUAGAGUCAUUGGCAAGAAUGUCCUCACCUUUGAGAAAAUGCACACACUUCUCGCCCAAAUAGAAGCUGUGGUCAACUCACGUCCACUAUUCUCAACUUCGGACACUGAGGUCAACUAUCUGUCGCCAGCACACUUCCUCAUUGGUCGUCCCUACACGACAGUACCAGAAGGCGAUCUAUCAAAUGUACCAAUCAACCGUUUGGAUUAUUGGCAACAGACUCAAGCUAUGCUGCAAGGCUUCUGGAAACAAUGGCACAUGGAAUAUCUUACAUCACUCCAGCAUCGGCCAAAGUGGAUGAACAAAUCGGUCAACAUGGCCAAAGAUGACAUCGUGCUCCUUAAGGAUUCUCACACCCCGCCAGCAGCAUGGCCUCUCGGAAGAGUCAUCGAAACGUAUCCAGGAAAGGAUGGAAUGGUCCGCGCUGUACGACUUAGGACUCCAACUGGAGAAACCACCCGUCCAAUUGUCAAGCUCGCCCUAUUACCAAAUUCUGAAACAGUGUUUCAGGGGAGGCCGGGAUGUUGA